CAGGCCCAUUAGGGUUUCAUAGGUAUAAUUAGAGCCUCAAGAAAUGAGUGCGUAAUCAAUCUCCUUCGUCCUCAACCAGUUACCAGACGCCAUUUACUGAAAUGCCGAAGCAGAUUCACGAGAUAAAGGACUUCCUUCUUACAGCUAGAAGGAAGGAUGCACGAUCAGUGAAGAUCAAGAGAAGCAAAGAUGUGGUUAAGUUUAAGGUUAGGUGCUCUAAGUACCUUUACACCCUUUGCGUCUUUGAUCCCGAGAAAGCCGACAAGUUGAAGCAGUCCCUUCCACCAGGUUUGAGUGUGCAAGACCUGUGAGCUUGGAAUUCGACAUCAUCGGAGUGUGGAAUUCUAAAGAUAUUCGGCUGUAUUUUUUUUUUCCUGAAUUUUGGUGAAAGAUUGUUCUGUUCUGGAUUCGAUUAAAUUUUGUUCCUGAUUUUUAGUAAAACCGAUUUCUUGAAUACAUACUUCACUCAACUGAUGUUUAUUAUGA